AUGGGAUAAUGUCUCAAUUGUUUUAAAAAAAAAGAAGAAAGUUAAUAAGAUGUUGUGUCUUAAUAAGCUGAUACUAAUUCUAAGCCUCUUAAUGAAUAAUAAACUGAAACUAUUACUUUUAGUAAACAAAGUAUUAUUCUUACAACUGAUCCUCAUAAACUUAAUAUUACAGACUUUAAAUUAUUAAAGACUCUAGGUAGAGGAACCUUUGGUAAAGUUUUAUUGGUUAAAAAACGUUCUAAUGAAAAAUUGUAUGCUAUGAAAAUUGUUAAGAAAUAUGAUUUACAAAUUAAAAAAUAAGUGGAAUAUGCUAAGACAGAAAGAAUAAUUUUAGAAAAAAUUAAUCAUCCUUUUAUUAGUAAACUUCAUUAUGCAUUUUAAACUUAAUAAAAAUUAUAUUUUGUUAUUGAUUAUUGUGCUGGUGGAGAAUUAUUUUUCCAUUUAAGAAGAGCUUAUAAACUAAAAGAGAAUUAAGUUUAAUUUUAUGCUGUAGAGAUUAUUAUUGCCUUAGAGUAUUUACAUGAUUCUAAAAUUUUAUAUAGAGAUCUAAAACCAGAAAAUAUUUUAUUAUGUUAAGAUGGACAUAUCAAAUUAAUUGAUUUUGGAUUAUCCAAAAUUAUUACCAAUAGAGACUUACUUUCUUAUUCAAUUGUAGGAACACCAGAAUAUCUUGCACCAGAAAUAUAUUCAGAUGAUAAACUUGGUCAUGAUGAAUCAUGUGAUUGGUGGAGUUUAGGAGCUUUAAUGUAUGAAAUGUUAACAGGAACUGCGCCAUUUUAUAGUCAAGAUAGAACACUUAUGUUCAGAAAUAGAACAGAAAAAUAAAUAGAAAUGAAACCGUGGUUUUCUGAAUCAUGUUCUAGUCUACUUACAGGAUUAUUAAAUAAUAAUGUAAAUAUAUUCUAUAUUAUUAGCCUCAAUAAAGAAUUAAUAUAUAAUAAAUUAAAAAACAUCCAUUUUUUUCAGAAAUUGAUUGGAAUUAAGCUUAAAACAGAUAAUUAGUACCACCCAUCAUACCAGAAUUGAGUAAUGAUUUAGACUUAAAAUAUUUUAAUAAAGUAACACAAUGUAUAAUCCUAAGAUGUUUUUGGAUGAACCAGCUUAAGAUAGUCCAGUAUAUACAAAAGAACUAUUUGACAACUAUGAGUAAUUUACUUACGAUUCUGAAGCUAUAGAAUCUUGA